AUGUCGUCUGUUCUGUCUGGUAACUCCCCACUGUCAUCUCGUGCUGGCUCACCUAAUCCCAUGGAAGAGGACGUCAUCAUGGAGGAUGGCAACACAUCCUUACCUGCCUCAGUUUCUGCAACAACUGAACGCCUCAAUGAGAUGGAUCUCGCGGCUGACCCGUAUACAAACCUCGUUGGCACCCCGUCUCCUGCGCCUACUAUAUCUACUGAAGGUGAAGAACUUGUCAACCCUGACGCUACCUCACCACAACCUGCUCCACCUGUUACGAAGCCGCCAACGUUAACUGAAGUUCUGAAGAAGGUUCUACUCCAAAAGAAAAAUGCGCAAAUAGCAUACUUGAAAGUUCUGAGCCAUUCCAAUGUCAAUGUUGAUGUAGCCAACCCACUCCGUGAAAGAGUAAACAAUUUAGACAAGCAUGUCAAAGCACUUACCGAUGGUCUCAAGGCUGCUGCUGCUGCUACUGCUACUGCCACCAAGGUUUCCGCUGCCGCUAACUCAUCGUCUACUGGCUUAAAAAUUUCCAAGAGAGAUCUUCCCAAAUUCCAACUGGAGGAUAACAAAGCUAAACCAUUUCCACAUGAGGAGGCAUAUCGUUCUGUUGAUCAUUUCCUCUCAGAAUUCGAAAAAUUUGUGUAUUCUUCUGGCCAAGACAUCGAAACCGUAUGGCGCAAGUACAUUCCCCUCACGUUGUCGUAUGAAUUGGAUGACUGGAUGAAAACGGUGGUCAUGAAGUGCAAUGUCUGGCACGAUGUCAAGUUAGUUUUCAGCAAGAAGUUUGGGACAGUAGUUUCAAGAAUACAUAAGCGUCGUGCUGUGAUGAAUAUGGAAAUUGGGUUCCAUGAAUCCGUCGAUGAAUAUUCCAAUCGUUUCUUCCGCACUGUUGGUGAGGCCGGCUAUCAUCAUGAUGAUUUGACAAUUGGUGAUGUCUUUUUGCUGUCUUUACCCGAGUCCUGGCAACUGAACAUUUGUACUGUGCUCCUUUCAAAUAUCAAGAGACAAGCCUGGACUACCACGGAAAUACACAAUGCUGCCGUAGAUCUUCUUGGUGAAAAGACUCCCCAAUCAUUGAUGCUAGGAAAGGACGCCAAGCGCAAGUUUGGCUCUGUUGAACCCCCUAUUGUUGCUGCCUCUGGCUCAUCUGCCACCAUGUCAUCUGCUUUGCCAAAGGCAAGAAUGCUUGGUAAUCGAAAUCUGCCCAAUAGGGCUACAACCAAGAACCCUAACCCUUGCCGCCAUUGUGGUCGCCCCUGGAAGCAUGACCAUACUUGUGAAGAAUAUCGAAUGGCCAAACGCCAAAAGGGCGCUGGUGAUGGAAUCAACGUAUUGUCCGUGCCUACUACUUCUGAUACUAAAGAAGAAAAUGAAACUGACGUGAUGACCCAAGCUUCAAAAGAAGCAUAUGAAAACGAAAUUUACAAAUGUAAGUCUAAAAAGACAAACGAAAGCAAAAACAACAUGAAACUAAUCACACCUCUUCUAUUAAAUGGUAGAAGAAUCAUUGGAAAAGUGGAUCCCGGAUCGGAUAUUAGUUUCAUCAAUAAAAGCAUAUUAAAUAAAUUGUUUUCAAACAUACAAACGUAUAAAACAAAUGGCUUUCUCAAUUUCUUGUCUGUAAAUGAUGAUAACAAGAACAGUACGGUAACAAGAAUUGGUAAAACUGAACCUGUGGAAGUAACUUAUACAAACAAUAUCAAAUUCGCUCAUGAAUUCGAGGUCAUUAAAUUUAAUGAUGAGUUGUCUAUGUUUAGGAUAUAG